UCUCAGCGGCGCAGCAGCGAGCGUCUCAGAUCGCUUCAGAAGCAGCAGCGAGCGUCGCGAGCGUCUCAGAAGCAGCGGCGCAGCAGCGAGCGUCGCGAGCGGACACGGACGGAGAUGGCAGGAGCGCAGCCGGGGGUUCACGCGCUCCAGCUCAAGCGCGUUUCGGUGCCCGAGAGCCUGAGGACCGGCGAUAAGUUCAUUAAAUGGGACGAUGACUGCACUACAGUUACGCCCGUGACGCUGCGCAUUGACCCGCGGGGCUACUUCCUGUACUGGACCGAUCAGAAUAAGGAGACCGACCUGUUAGACCUCUCGCUCAUCAAGGAUACGAGAAAUGGGAGAUUUGCCAAGACACCAAAGGAGGCCAAGCAGCGAGAGCUUCUGGAUGUGGGGACUCUGGAGGGGAGGCUGGAGAACCGGACACUCACAGUGGUCAGCGGUGCAGACAUGGUCAACAUCACCUGCCUGAACUUUACAGCCUUCAACGAAGAGGUGGCCAAGGAGUGGGCCGAAGAGCUUUUCAGCUUGGCGUCGAACCUGCUGGCUCAGAACAUGUCCAGAGAAUCCUGUCUGGAGAAAGUGUACACAAGACUGACGUUACAGCUGACGGCCGAGGCUGGCAUUCCUGUGAAAAAUAUCUUCCGUCUGUUCUCGGCCGACAGACGGAGGGUUGAAAACGCUCUGGAGGUCUGCAGCCUGCCGACGGGACGAAAUGACGCCAUUCCUCAGGAUACAUUUACACCUGACGUAUACCGACAGCUCCUGAACAACAUUUGUCCGCGGAACGACAUCGAUACGAUCUUCUCAGAAAUCGGCGCUAAGAUCCGGCCGUACCUCACCGUAGAGCAGAUGACAGAUUUCCUGAACAACAGACAGAGAGACCCUCGUCUGAACGAGAUCCUGUACCCGCCCCUCAAAGCCGAGCAAGUGCAGGGAUUGGUGGAGAAAUACGAGCCUGACACCAUGCUUUCACGAAGAGGGCAGAUCUCGGUGGAGGGCUUCGCCAGAUAUCUGAGCGGAGAAGAGAACAGUAUCAUCCCUCCAGAGAAGCUGGACCAGAGUGAAGACAUGACGCUGCCGCUCUCGCAUUACUUCAUCAACUCCUCGCACAACACCUACCUCACUGCGGGUCAGCUGGCGGGAAACUCGUCUGUGGAGAUGUACCGGCAGGUUCUGCUCUCCGGCUGUCGCUGUAUAGAGCUGGACUGCUGGAAGGGACGCACCGCCGACGAAGAGCCGUUCAUCACACACGGCUUCACCAUGACCUCAGAGAUCUGCUUCAAGGAGGUGAUCGAGGCCAUCGCAGAGAGCGCCUUCAAGACGUCUCCGUUCCCAGUCAUCCUGUCCUUUGAGAACCAUGUGGACUCUCCCAAACAGCAGGCGAAGAUGGCCGAGUAUUGCCGAUCAAUAUUUGGAGACGCAUUGCUCACAGACCCACUGGAGAAAUACCCCUUGGAGGCCGGUGUUCCUCUGCCCAGCCCCGUGGACCUGAUGGGCAAAAUCCUCAUCAAGAACAAGAAGAGUUCCCACAAAGCUGACGGCAGCGCUAAGAAGAAGCUCUUCGAGCAAACGUCCAACCCCUGCAGCGACACGUCCAGCAUGUGUGAGCCCUCGUCUCCCAGCACAGGUGCACACACAAAAACACCUCAUUCUGCAGUCAUCAGAGAGUCAGCUGAGCCACACUGGUCGACACAUCAGGAGAUUCACAUCAGCAUUCAUGCAGACGGGAACGAGGCAGGCGAAAGAAGAUUGCAGAGAAUGAAGUCGAUUGAUAAAACGGCAGGGUCGCUGUCACGCAACGCAAGUCUGGCCGAUGAUAAAGCAGAAGCGGACGCAGAGAGUGAUGCGGAGGAAGAUAACGAUGAAAGUAAGAAGUCCAUGGAUGAGGGGACGGUAAAUGAAGCCUUCGCCACAGAGGAGAUGUCCAACUUAGUCAACUACAUUCAGCCUGUUAAAUUCAACUCCUUCGAGACGUGCAAAAAAAUCGAUCGAAGUUAUGAAAUGUCAUCGUUUGUGGAGACCAAAGCGCUGGAGCUGCUCAAAGAAUCGCCCGUGGAGUUCGUCGAGUAUAAUAAACUGCAGCUGAGCAGAAUUUAUCCCAAAGGAACUCGAGUGGACUCCUCGAACUACAUGCCUCAGGUCUUCUGGAACGCCGGAUGUCAGCUGGUCGCUCUGAACUUCCAGACCAUAGAUCUGCCCAUGCAGCUGAAUCUGGGCAUCUUUGAGUACAACGGGAAGUGCGGCUACAGACUGAAGCCAGAGUUCAUGCGACGGACGGACAAACAGUUUGACCCGUUCACUCAGAAUACAGUCGACGGGAUCGUAGCGCACACGCUGUCUGUGAAGAUCAUAUCCGGCCAGUUUCUGUCCGAUAAGAGAGUCGGUGUUUACGUGGAGGUGGAAAUGUUCGGCCUGCCGGUGGACACCAAACGGAAAGCGUUUAAGACCAAAACGUCUCAAGGCAAUGCCGUCAAUCCGGUGUGGGAUGAAGAUCCAGUGGUCUUCAAAAGAGUGGUUCUUCCCACGCUGGCAUCAUUGAGGAUAGCUGUGUACGAAGAGAACGGGAAGUUUAUCGGCCAUCGCAUCAUCCCAGUGUGUGCCAUCCGACCCGGAUAUCAUUACAUCAGUCUGAGGAACGAGAAGAACCAGACGCUGACGCUUCCGUCCGUCUUCAUCUACACUGAGGUCAAGGACUACGUCCCAGAAACCUUUGCAGACGUGAUUGAGGCCCUGUCCAAUCCCAUCCUGUACAUCAGUCUGAUGGAGCAGAGAGCCAAUCAGCUGGCGGCUCUGACACAAGAGGAGGGAGCGCAGGAGACCGACAGAGAAGAGGUCAGUGGCAGUGGAGAUCCUGUGUCAGAGGUCAAGACUGACCCUAAACCCGCUGCAGAGAACGGGCUGAACCACGACAGCAUCUCGCCCAAAUCCUCUGUGGUCAGUCACCAGACGUCAUCCUCAGGGUCGGUCAAACCUGCUGUGAAGUCUGAAGAUGUGGUCCAGAGUGUUUUAACAGAGGUGGACGCUCAGUCUGUAGAUGAACUGAAACAGAUGAAGGGUUAUUUGAGGGAGCAGAAGAAGCAGUACAAAGAACUAAAGGAGCUCAUGAGGAAACACAACAAGAAAAUGAACGAGCUGAUCAACGAACACGCGUCCAGACAGAAGCAGCUGCGCAGGUCUGCGCUGCAGAAGAGGUGUGUGUCGGAUCAGGAUCAGGAUCUGCUGGCGCUGGCGCAGGAGAGGUGUGAGAAACUGAAGGAGCAGCAGCAGCGGCAGCUCCUCACACUCAGACAGGAGCAGUUCUACAGCGAGAAGUACCUCAAACGAGAGCACGUCAAACUGCUUGUGGAGAAGCUCACGGCUGUGGCAGAAGAGUGUCAGAAUAACCAGCUGAAGAAACUGAAGGAUCUGUGUGAGAAAGAAAACAAAGACUUGAAGAAAAGGAUGGACAAGAGACGACAGGAGAAGUUUCAAGAAGCCCGAACGCUGGAGAAGACUCUGACUGAGGAGAAAAAGAUGGAGAUGAACAGAUCACACGUGAACGAGGUGGUGCAGUCCAUCAAACGGCUGGAAGAAGCUCAGGACAAACGACUGCAGAGAUUGCUGGAAAAACAUAAAGAUAUUCGACAGCAAAUCCUGGGAGACAAACCAAAGCUUCAGAGCGAGCUGGACCAGGAGUAUCAGGACAAGUUUCGGAGGCUCCCAGCAGAAAUCCAAGAGUUCGUGCAGGACUCUGCUGCUUGUAAAGGCAAGUUCAGCCAAGACAGUGACUUUCUUCCCAUUUCCAGAACGCCAGGGAAGCUGAAGCCCUCGCUCUCGCCAGCUGAAGAUGUGGAGCGAUCUUCAGAGAAAGUCUUCGACACGCCACUCUGAGCUUGUUGUACCUUUGUAAACAUGUUUUUGUACUUCAUACGCUGUUGAGUUUCCCUGAUUGAAUGUGCACCUUUUAGUACGACGACUGGAUGACUUACUUGAACAAUGUUAAAAAUAAUUUUCCUCUUUUUUUUUACUUUUAAAACUCUUGAGUUUUCACAAGAACUUGCUGCUUAUGUGGAUUUAAAUGUGUAUGUGUUUAGACGGACUGUCAUGUAUGUUUAGAUGAGUCUCUUAAUGAUUUCUAACGGCUCUGAAGUCUUUUAAUAUGAAAUUUAGGCUCUAAUUAUGUCACAUAUGUUAUCAUGGACCGCCCGGCCACAAUUUAGACUUUGUAUGAAUUCAGUUUUUAAUAAUAUAACAACACGUGGACAUGAAACAUAAAGGCAUCAAGUGAUUCAUUUGCUUGCAUGUUAUUGUACAGAAAUGUGAUGUGGAAGGAAAACAAGAAUAUGAAGAUUAACAUUUAUGCAUUCGGCAGACUUACACUGCAGUCUCUCU